GAAGCCACGGGCCCCGGGGGGCGAGCUCCAGGAGCGGGACUACUGGCAGCGAGGCCCCCUUCCCUCCUUUCCCACCUGUUUGCCCCUGAGGACUGGGGGGGAGCGGCCGUGGGCCCUAGGAUUCCUCCUGCUGUGCGCAGGGAGAGAAGCGGCUGCCCACCGGGCAGGGCAGGACCGCCUCCUCCCCCACCCAGGAGCCGUGGUCACGGGCGUGGGGGUGCGGCGCUGGGCGUUCCUGAGGAGUCCUGUCCGGGAGGAGAGCCUAGGGAUCGCCGCUGCUUGGAAACGCGGGGGAGCCGCCUCCCCUCCCUGACGCCGGCCGGUAAAUUCCAGCUGAGAAAUCAGAGCGAGCGGCGGGUGCUGAGUCAUGGAACCGGGGAGCGGGAGCGGACGCAGGCCACGGGCUGAGUCUGCGAGCCAGAGGCGUCGGCGGGAGGCCGCAGAGGCCAGCGAGGAAAUGUAGUGGAGCCGCUGCGAGGCCCUGCCUGCCCGAGCUUGGUGUGAACAGCCCAGCCCAGACGCGCAGCCCGCCCCGGGCACCCCUGGGGCCACCCUCACCAUGUCCAAGAAGGGCAUGGGCGCCCGAGGCAAGGGGGACAAGGCGGAGCUCCUCGCUGCUCUCCAGGCCGCCAACGAGGACCUGCGGGCCAAGCUCACUGACAUCCAGAUUGAGCUGCAGCAGGAGAAGGGCAAGGUGAGCCGGGUGGAGAGGGAGAAGAACCAGGAGCUGCGGCAGGUGCGGGAGCACGAGCAGCACAAGAACGCGGUGCUGCUCACCGAGCUCAAGACCAAGCUGCACGAGGAGAAGAUGAAGGAGCUGCAGGCCGUGCGGGAGGCGCUGCUGCGGCAGCACGAGGCCGAGCUGCUGAGGGUCGUCAAGGUCAAGGACAACGAGAACCAGCGGCUGCAGGCCCUGCUGCACGCCCUGCGGGACGGCGCCCCCGACAAGGCCAAGGUCGUGCUGCUGUCGGAGGCGAAGGAGGAGGCCAAGAAGGGGUUCGAGGCGGAGAAGAUGAAGAUGCAGCAGGAGAUCUCAGAGCUCAAGGGGGCGAAGAAGCAGGUGGAGGAGGCGCUGACCAUCGUGGUCCAGGCCGACAAGAUCAAGGCGGCGGAGAUCCGCAGCGUGUACCAUCUCCACCAGGAGGAGAUCUCCCGCAUCAAGAAGGAGUGCGAGCGGGAGAUCCGCAGGCUGAUGGAGGAGAUAAAAUUUAAAGACAGAGCAGUCUUCGUGCUGGAGAGAGAGUUAGGGGUUCAAGCCGGGCAUGCUCAGAGACUGCAGCUCCAAAAAGAGGCUCUAGAUGAGCAGCUGUCCCAGGUCAAAGAGGCUGAUCGGCACCUGGGCAGCCCCAGACGGGAGCUUCCUCAUGCAGGCGGUGCAGGAGACGCCUCAGACCACUCGGGAAGCCCUGAACAGCAGUUGGAUGAAAAGGACGCUCGGCGCUUCCAGCUUAAGAUCGCGGAGCUGAGUGCGAUUGUCCGGAAGCUGGAGGACCGAAACGCCUUGCUUUCGGAGGAAAGGAAUGAGCUGUUAAAGCGCUUGAGGGAAGCGGAGAGUCAGUACAAGCCACUGCUGGAUAAGAAUAAGCGACUUACCCGGAAGAAUGAGGAUCUGUCCCAUACUCUGCGGCGGAUGGAAAACAAGUUAAAAUUUGUCACCCAGGAGAACAUAGAAAUGCGGCAGAGGGCCGGCAUCAUCAGGAGGCCCAGCUCCCUGAACGACCUGGACCAAAGCCAGGACGAAAGAGAAGUGGACUUCCUGAGGCUGCAGGUCGUGGAGCAGCAGAACCUCAUAGACGAGCUUUCCAAGACGCUUGAGACCGCCGGCUACGUGAAGAGUGUGCUAGAGCGUGAUAAGCUGUUAAGAUAUCGGAAGCAAAGAAAGAAAAUGGCCAAACUCCCCAAGAAGCCGGUUGUGGUGGAGACCUUCUUUGGGUACGAUGAAGAGGCUUCCCUGGAGUCCGACGGCUCCUCCAUCUCCUACCAGACGGACAGGACAGACCAGACCCCGUGUACGCCUGACGAUGACCUGGAGGAGGGCGUGGCCAAGGAGGAGACGGAGCUGCGGUUCCGGCAGCUGACCAUGGAGUACCAGGCUCUGCAACGGGCCUACGCCUUGCUGCAGGAGCAGGUCGGAGGGACGCUGGACGCAGAGCGAGAAGUUAAGACCCGUGAGCAGCUGCAAACAGAGGUGCAGAGAGCCCAGGCGCGGAUAGAAGAUCUGGAGCAGGCCCUGGCCGAGCGGGGGCAGGACAUGAAGUGGAUUGAAGAGAAGCAGGCACUGUAUCGAAGAAACCAAGAGCUUGUGGAGAAGAUUAAACAAAUGGAAGUAGAAGAGGGUCGGUUAAAACACGAGGUUCAGGAUGCGAGGGACCAAAACGAGCUACUGGAGUUCCGGAUCCUGGAACUUGAGGAGAGGGAGCGGAAGUCCCCAGCCAUCAACUUCCACCACACCCCCUUCGCAGAGGGGAAGAGCCCCCUCCAAGCCUACUGCGAAGCUGAAGGCGUGACGGACAUCCUGGUCUCGGAGCUGAUGAAGCAGCUGGACAUCCUGGGGGAUAACGCCGUAAGUAAUCUGACAAAUGAGGAGCAAGUGGUCGUCAUACAAGCUAGGACCGUUCUGACCCUGGCUGAAAAGUGGCUCCAGCAGAUUGAGGAGACGGAGUCGGCCCUGCACCAGAAGAUGGUUGACCUAGAGAGUGAGAAGGAGCUGUUCAGCAAGCAGAAGGGCUACCUGGACGAGGAGCUGGACUAUAGGAAGCAGAGCUUGGACCAGGCUCACAAGCACAUCCUGGAGUUGGAAGCCAUGCUGUACGACGCCCUGCAGCAGGAGGCCGGGGCCAAGGUGGCCGAGAUCCUGUCGGAGGAGGAGCGUGAGAAGCUCAAGGCGGCCGUGGAGCAGUGGAAGCGGCAGGUGAUGAGCGAGCUGCGGGAGCGCGAUGCCCAGAUCCUGCGGGAGCGCAUGGAGCUGCUGCAGCUGGCCCAGCAGAGAAUUAAAGAGUUAGAAGAACGAAUAGAAGGUCAGAAGAGGCAAAUAAAGGAGCUGGAGGAAAAGCUUUCAUUCUGUGGUCAUAGCGCGCCUGGCCCCGACAUGCCCCCAGAGGAGCCAGACCCCUUUCCUCCAGCGGGACCAGAGGCCAGCAGGUGCCUGGGCAGCAAAACAAGAUGCCACGUCCCAUCCCUGAAGCCCCAAGAGGAUCUGGUCUCUGGGGACCCUGUCCCGUUGAGGAAGAGGGAGAAAGGGGGGCUUUGAGCACCUCUGAGUGGGCACCUGUCCGCUCUGCUGAUCCAGACUCAGAACUUGUUUCUUGACUGGGGCUUCUCUGGGAGCGGCCUGAUCCUGGCUGCUGGACCCUGGAUCCCCCCUCGGGACACAGCCUCCUGAUCCCAGUGACAAGGAUGCACACGUUCCCUGCUGAGCAGGUGCUGAGAGCUGCUUCUGUGCAGGGCCACCCACAAGCCGACACCCCCCCACCCGCUCCUCAAUCGCGCACAAAGCUCGGACGAACCCAUCGGGAAGAACACAGGCAGCCCAGAGAGGACCCAGGGAAGCCUGUGGCCACGGCGGUGACCUCCAUCCAGGGAAGCCCAGGUGGGUCACAGGGCACGUUCCGAGGACGGCUUCCCCUGGUCCCGCAGGUGGCCUGUGAAGACCCACUCGCUGGGUCCUGCGUACCUGCUGGCCGGCACGUCCCUGCCUGGUUUGAAGAUGCUGUUGCCUCGGGAGCUGGCGUGACUCCUGCGCGUACCGUGCCAUCACCGGCUGCUAGCCCGCCCUGAGCCGCAUGGAGGAACGUGGUAGAACUGACCAGAGACUGAGGAGCAUGACGGUGGGAGGUGGGACGAGCGAGCGCCCCAACCCACUGGAGAGGGGCCUGGCUUUCCUGGAAUGCAGAGCCCCAGGCCCUGUGGGCCCCGGGCACCUGGCACACUGCCCCCCACAACCACCUGGAGGCCGUGAGCUGCAGACAAGCUGAAUGGGGCUCGAGGGCCACGCCCACACGAGGGCAACCAUGCACCUGGAGUCCUGCGGAUAUGACAAGGGACCCUGACAUCCAGGUGGGGAGCAGGGAGGACACAGCCCAUCCGUGAAGCCCGCGUUGAGCCCGACUUCCCUUCCUGCCGAAUGCCCUGGCCCACAGCCCGGGAACGUCUUCCGGACUCAGCCCGACUUCUGGGUGGGAAGUGGCUCUUCCAUCGACGCCACACUUUCGGGGGUGCCAGGUGUGUGAGUGUGUGCGUGUGCGCGUGCCUGUGCGGGAGUCUCUGUGUAUGCAGUCGUGCGUGCUCAAGCGGGAGACAACAUCUGAGGUCCUGUGGGACGCCUGGAGGUUGACGAGCUGUGUGGUGACACCCGCAGCCUGGUGAGAGUGUAACGAACAACGGGGCACGAAAGGAAAGCGAACUGCAUUUCUGCGGGGCCGGGGGGAUGGGUGACCGCUUCUGCAAGCGCCAGGCUCAUUUUCUAUGUGCUUCGGAAGACACGCUCAGUUCUGGUGCACACGGCUGGUGCCAGGCUGGGCUAAUGCCCCAGGCUGAAAUCGCGGAGAGCUGACAAGAUCGGACAGACAGGCUUCUCUUCAGCGGGCGCAGGAUUUCCACUGGCCAGUGCACUGCUGCAUUGUUAACCCACACUCGCCCGAGAAGGACCUGUCCUUUCUGUGGUCAUGAGAGCCACGGUUACGCACGCACUGGGCAAGGUGCAGGUGAGUCCGUUGCCCCUGCGCCCGCCACAGGGCUCUGCAGACCACGUCAGGAAUCUUGCUCCGUCCUCCGUGCGUGGCUCUGUCUCAUCCCAGUGACUCCAUCCUCUCGUCAGACGUCGUGCUCAGAACCGAAUGGCAAACGGUAGUCGAGCUCAUAAAGCUGCCGCGCAGCUGUGGAGACGCCCAGGCUGGGGCUGGCUGGAGCGUGGGAUGCAGGCGUCCGGAAACUCCGGGCAGUGAGGCUCAGGCCACCGCCCGAUCAGCCACCGAGCAGGCUGGCCAAUCAGGAGCUAACGAUGUGCAUUUAAAACCCAACCCCACAUUUCCCGUGGUCAUUUGGAUCCUCAUGAUUUUGCACGUUGUACAACUGUCUGGAGCACGUCCUAGGCCAUCCACACACACGGCAGUCUCAUCAUGGUUCUGUAAUUUGAAAAGGCCAAACUCUGCGGGACAGAGAAGCGUGGAGAUCUGGACCAGUGCUUACCAAGUUGUUGUUUAAAUGUAAAAGUCCAUAGUGAAAAUGGCUCAGUGAAUGUUUUAAGUAAUAUUCCAUGCACCAAACCACGUCUGUCCCCUUGCCACGUUCCUGGAGGCCGCUGGGGCUGCGAUGUAAGCUCUUGUCCAUAGAGAUCACGGCUUCUAUUCAUGUAUCCCAGGCAUCUUCUCUUCUCUUCAUCCAAUCACCAAAUCCAGCAAUUUGGGACUGGGCUUUUGCAAAAAAACAAAAACAAAACAAAAAACAAAAAACAAAGCAAGCAAGCAAAAAGAGGAUAGGAGGAUUUGUCACUGGUUCCUGCUAGUCCAGUGGGCAGCUGAAGAAUUCAGGUGUUUUACAUGACGCGCUCUUCUAAAUCCUGGAGUAUAUAAACCAGUGGGCCGCACUGAAUUUCCUGAAAGUUUCUGGGCUCGUUAGUGCAAACUCCUCCAACGGGACACCUGCGCAUCGGCACCACACUCUGUCACAGAACCAGAGGACGGACCAGAAGUUGCCAGAAAUGCUUGUUGUGGAGCCAAGAAGCAGACCUGCGCUACCUGCACAGCCACACUGUGCCCAUGACGCCCAGAACAACACAGAUGUUUUCGUUUCUCUGCACCAGAAAUCCAUGGAAGUUGUGGUCCCUGGCUGACACGGAUGUGCGCGUGUGUGCACCUCGUUUCCCCGUGUCCACGGUCUGGAGUCCCAGCAGCUGAAGGACGGCGGCUCUUCCUUAAAGUGCUCAGCUCUUGCAGAACCCGUAGCCUUCAGGACACCCCGCGUGCCUUACACGGCUUGGCAACACCACACCGGACGUCGGGAAGGAGCGUGUGCCAGAGUGGGUUUGGCGGCAGUGUGACGUCAAUCCACAUGGACCAUCACCCCAUCACUGAAACCUUAAGAUGGAUUGUGUGUUUUAACACAGUAAUGGAUUUACAUUUAGGCUCAGGAAAACCAAGUUGUAAAUAUAUGUAUCAAAUCAUAUAUUUGUUUACUGUAUUUUAAAAAGCUUUAUUGUAAAUUUAUGCAACCAUGAAUUAGGACUCAUUUUACCAUGACAGUACGCCAGCCAGUGUCUCUGUUCCCUGAAGCAGGUCCUUACCAACCACAUUCUAAACGUGAUAUUCUGUUCAGUGCUAAACAGUAUUCACAGGCCUAAAACAGGUUUGUAUGGUGGUCAACUACAAAAUUUUGCACAUAUUUUUGUACUGUGAUUCCUAUGAUAUACACAAGAGGAUUUUUACUCAUUUGUAAAUUACGGUACAGUUUUAAUAAAAAAGGUUU